AUGCAGGUGUGGCCCUCGCUGACCUCCGACCUGAGCGAGGGCUCCCACCAGGCGGUCGGGGGCGCGCUGGCCCAGCCCGACGCCGCAGCCGCGGUGCAGCCCGAGGCGGCGGUCUCGAGGCGCUCGGUGGAGAGCGCGGACACGCAGAUGUCGGUCGCGACCUCGGAGGUCCCCCAGUCGCGGCUCUCCUCCUCCAGCAGGUUUGCUCGCAACCCUUUCAGCCAGCUCUCGCAGUUGCCCAGUCUGCGUUCAGGCUUCUCCCGCUCGGGCAGCCGCAACUGGGGCGCCGAUCCUACCGCCUCGUGGGCAGGACGGAUGCAGUUCAGCGCCGAGGUGAGGAAGUCGAUGACCUUCAGCAGAAGUUCUACGCGGUCGAUGCGAACGGUGGAUGGACGGCCGGCCGUCUUGUUCGUGAACAGCCGUGCUUUCACCGUGGCGUCAGCACUCGUGAUCAUCAUCAGCACGCUGCUGAUUGGCAUCGAAACGCAGACUCUCUCUAGCCUGUCCCAACGAGGGUCAGGCUCGGACCAGCUGUUAUCUGUCCUGUCGGCAGCGAACUACGCGCUCACUCUCAUGUUUGCGGUGGAGGUGUUCGCACGAGUGUACGCGUUCAGGCUCAGCUACUUUGUAAAGGACCGGGUCUGGAAUUGCUUCGAUAUUGUCAUCCUUCUCCUGGCGCUCGUUGAGAUUGCCUUAGAGCUGAUUGUGAAGGUGGUCUCGAGCGGGAAUCGCAAUCUGUUCGGCAACGGCGGGAUGGCAAAGAUGUUACGCCUCUUUCGCCUUACUCGGCUUCUUCGCAUCGUUCGAACGUUUCGCCAACUGAAGCCCCUCCGGGUGCUUGUGCAUUCUAUAGCAUCUGCGAGCAAAUCUGUGUUUUGGGCACUCCUGUUGCUCUUCAUGAUCAUCUACGCCUUUGGAGUCAUCCUGACGCAGGCUGUGACAGAGCAUACCGAGGGUGGCAGAAUAAUCGAGGAUGAGUAUCUCGUUUUGUACUACGGGGACCUUUUCCGGUCAAUGCUGAGCCUUUGGAUGGCAGUGUCUGGUGGUAUCAACUGGCACGAGCUCACCGCCCCGUUGGUGGGAACCGGAAACACAAUGUGGACGAUGCUAUUCCUGCUGUACAUAACUUUUGUAUAUUUCUUUGUACUCAAUAUCGCGGAUGUGGUGACAGGUGUCUUCUGUCAGAAUGCCAUCGAGGGAGCCCAACAGGAUUUGGAUCUUACCAUCGAGGCCCAGCUCAGGGAGAAGCAGGUGUACGCACAACGCCUGAAGAUGCUUUUCGAGGAGAUGAACGAAGAUUAUGACGCCGCCGAGGGGCUAUCAGCUGCUGAUCUUCAGGAGCAGAUGGAGAAGCCAAAAGUGCAGUCAUGGUUCAAAUGCGAGAAUAUCGACACCAAGCAGACGUGGAAGCUCUUCAAGAUCCUCGACGUGGGCGACUCUGGCAUCAUCUCCCUCCAAGCUUUCAUCGAUGGCUGCCUGCAGAUGAGGGGGUCGGCCACGCGCGUCGACGUGGAGUCGCUGAAGUGGGAGAUCCGAUCCGCCAAUGCCCGCGCGGAGCGCACUGCCGAGCGCAUCGCCCAGCUCAUCGAAAGUGCCAAACUCUCGGGGAUGGCGCAGGGCGCCGCCCGGUAG